AUGACGAGCAUUGUCUAUUUACAUUCGCCAAUCCUUGUGGUUAUAAUAUUGUUAUUCACUUUUCUGUCAAACCUUUCAGCCUUACCGUUGGCUAAAAAAGAUGGGUUUAGUGUUGAUCUAAUCCAUCGAGACUCCCCUAAUUCUCCAUUAUACAAUGCCGAUGAAACUCCUACAAAGCGCUUAAAAAAUGCUUUUGAUCGUGGCGUUUCUCGUUUAAAUCAAUUUUACAUGAAACAAUCUAAUGGUCCUCAUUUAGGAGUGUCAUCUGACAAUGGUCAUUAUCUCUUGAAGUUCUCUAUGGGCACGCCUCCAAUGGACAUUUAUGGCAUUGUUGACACGGGGAGUGACCUUAUGUGGACACAGUGCCAGCCUUGUGAACAAUGCUAUAAGCAAAUUAACCCUGUCUAUAAUCCUAAAUCCUCCUCUACAUAUAGUGAAAUUGAUUGUCAAUCAGAUGAAUGCCAUCUACUAGAUACAGUUUCUUGCUCUGUCCAGUCUCUAUGCAACUAUACUUAUGGCUAUGCAUCUAAUUCCAUGACUAAGGGUGUCCUUUCCAAGGAAACGAUCACUUUUAGUUCUAGCUCAGGAGGACAACCUAUUUCGAUCCCAAACAUUGUUUUUGGGUGUGGACACAACAAUACUGGGGGAUUUAAUGAACAAGAAAUGGGCUUAGUUGGACUAGGAGGUAGGUCUUUAUCACUUGCCUCUCAAAUUGGUUCCUUUUUAGGGAAUAAAAAAUUCUCAUACUGCUUGGUGCCGUUUCAUACCAAUCCUAAUAUUUCAAGCAAGAUGUAUUUUGGUGGUGGAAGUGAAAUUACUGGUAAGGGUGUGGUGUCAACUCCUAUAGUUCCAAAAGAAGACAAGACCUAUUAUUUUGUCACGAUGGAAGGAAUAAGCAUUAGAGGCAAGUUCUUGCCUUAUAACUCAACGGGCACAAUUUCUAAAGGUAAUGUAUUCAUUGACACUGGAGUACCGCCAACAAUCUUACCUCAAGAUUUCUACAAGCGAUUGGAACAAGAAGUGAGGAGCUCAAUUCCAAUGACACCAUAUCAAGACCCGCAACUAGGGACACAACUUUGUUAUAGAAGCAAUUCUACCAUUGAUGCCCCCAUAUUGACAGUCCAUUUUGAUGGUGGUGCUCAAGUCCCUCUAGGACCAACUAGCACCUUCAUUUCACCAAAGCAAGAUGUUUUUUGUUUUGCAAUGUCUACAACAGAUGUUGCUGUUGGCAUAUUUGGUAACUUUGCUCAAAGCAAUUUUAGGAUUAGCUUUGACCUGGAAAGACAAAUUGUAUCCUUCAAGCAAGAGGAUUGCACCAAAGGGUAG